UUCUCUACGGUGCGACCGGUCGCUAUGCUACGAAAUGAAACGCGCGACCCCGCCACCGCUCCACCAAUGCCGCCGCCGCCGCACCCGUCGCGCCUCGGCUUCCACCCGCUGGAGCCGGCGCUCUCCGCCGCGGCCGACGCGCUGCACCGCUCCUGCCCGAGCUCCCCGCGCCGAGCCGUCCUCCGCCGCGCGCGCGCGCUGCACGCGCUCCUCGUGGUCUCCUCCACGCCCUCCGCGCACACGCCCGGCACCUUCCUCGUCAACCAGCUCCUCGCGCUCUACGCCCGCCUCUCCGCGCUCCCCGACGCGCUCGCGCUCCUCCGCUCCGCGCCGCGCCCCAACGUCGUCUCCUUCAACACCGUCCUCUCGGCCCUCUCCCGCGGGGCCCCGCGCCACGCGCCGCAGGCCUUCCGGCUCUUCGGCCAGCUAUGCGUCUCCGGGCUCCGCCCCACCGCGCCCAGCCUCUGCGCCGUCCUUCGCGCCGCCGGAGCGCUGCGAGACGGCCGCGCGGGAGCCCUGGCGCACGCGCAGGCCGCGGCGCUCGGCUUCCUCGCCAGCGACAUCGUGCCCACCGCCCUGCUGCAGAUGUACUCCGAGUGCGGGGCGCCGCGGGACGCCAACCGGGUGUUCGACGAAAUGGCGACGCCGGACGUGGUCGCGUGGAACUGCGCGAUGCACUGCAGCGUGCGGUACGGCUACCUCGGGCGUGCUCUUGGGCAGUUCUGCAGCAUGGUGAGGGCUGGGCUGGCACCCACUGAGAGCACGCUCUCGUCGGUCCUCAGCGGGUGUGCGCGCGCUGGGGAUGGCCGCGGAGGGCGCGUGCUACAUGGCUGGGUGGUGAAGUCGGAGGAGCUUGACCCUGACACGCCGCUGCAGAAUGCGCUGCUCGGCAUGUACUCCGGCUGCGGUGAUCUGGACACUGCGUUACAUGUGUUUGACAGGAUUGAGACGCCUGACUUGGUGUCAUGGAAUACUCUGAUUGCUGGGUUUUCUGCUGCUGGGGAUGGAUGGAGUGCUAUGGAUGCUUUUGUACGGCUCAAGGAUGUGCAGUUCGGCGAGCCGGUUGUCCCUGAUGAGUAUACAUUUGCAGCUGUGGUGUCUGCUGCUGCUGCUUUACCUGCAAUGCGUAGUGGAAUGCCACUUCAUGCUGAAGUGGUCAAAGCUGGGUUGGAGACCAGUGUCUUUGUAGGUAAUACAUUGAUCAAUAUGUAUUUUACAAACGGGGAGCCAGGCUCAGCACGAAUUUUGUUCGAUUCCCUUCCCGAGAAAGAUGUAAUUAUGUGGACCGAGAUGGUUGCGGGCCAUUCUUCGUCGGGUGAAGCUGAAUUAGCCUUGAAGUAUUUCAUUAGCAUGCUUCAGGAAGGGUACAAGGUCGACAGCUUCUCUCUCAGCAGUGCUUUGAACUCCACAGCAGAGUUUGCAGGUCUUAAGCAAGGAGAGAUGCUCCAUGCUCAAGUGGUAAAAAGUGGUUAUGAGGGGAAUAUCUGUGCCUCCGGAAGCCUGCUUGAUAUGUAUGCUAAAAAUGGUGCUCUCCAAGGUGCCCAUUUGGUGUUCUACACCAUACCAAAGCGAGAUUUGAAGUGUUGGAAUUCAAUGAUAGGGGGAUAUGGCAAUUAUGGCAAUUCAGAAAUGGCAUUUAAGUUAUUUGGUGAGAUGAUUCGUGAUGAGCUGCAACCUGACCAUGUAACUUACAUAUCCCUCCUUUCAGCAUGCAGCCACUGUGGACUAGUUGAGAAAGGAAAGUUCUACUGGUUUUGUAUGAUGACGGAUGAUAUUAUGCCAGGAUUCAAGCACUAUACUAGCAUGGUGAGUUUGUUAGGUAGGGCAGGUUUAUUGGAGGAAGCAGUUGAUUUACUGCAGAAAUCCCCAUUUGCCAAGAAAUGUCCUGAACUAUGGAGAAUUCUGCUAAGUUGCUGUGUUGCAUUAAAUGAUUUGUCCGUUGGUGUUCAUGCUGCUGAACAGGCACUAGCGCAAGACCCAGAUGAUAUGUCAACACAUGUAUUGCUUUCAAACCUUUAUGCUGCUGCAGGAAAAUGGGAUGUUGUAGCUGAAAUUAGGAAAAAAAUCAGAGGGAUGAUGGUUGAGAAGGAACCUGGGCUGAGUUGGGUUGAGAUAAAAAGUACGAUUCAUGUGUUCUCAGCAGAUGAUGAAUGCCACUCACAGAUCGAUGACUGUCGUGCCGAGUUGCUUCGACUUAAGGGGAACAUGGAAUUGUUGUAUAGUUCUGAAAAUGAAUUGCUUUCAAGUGGCUAAGUUCCAUGAAUAGAUUUCAGUGAAAGAGCAUUUGACUUGCUUUCCAUUGAGGAUUGAUUAUCGAUAAGGACCCUCUGGUGAGUUUAUUAAGAUUAACAAUAUGGUGCAUGUCUUCUCUGCAGUGCUGAAGUUUAAACCCUAACUGGUUUAAAAUAUAGUUGUGAAAAUGAUCUGCUGCCAAGUGGCUAAGUUGCCAUGAACGGAUUUUUCUUAGAACUUAAAAGCGGUUUUGACUGCUUUCCCCUGUCACGGCUACUAAACUGGCUUAUAUGAUAAGAUAUCGAGUGUAAUAGCUAAGCAGAAGAAAUGAGAAAUUAUCAAGGGACAAUCUAUCAAUUUAAGGUUCACACUUAGUACUGUUAGCACCAUUGGAUCAAAGAAGGUUUACAGUCAAGCUGCAUCAAACAAGUUAUUGAGGUGGAAGUAACUCACAGUAACUGAUCAUAAGUUUGACUUAUGUUUGGUUCCGACAGAGACUAGGUACAUACUAAACAUUGGAUUGACCAGCUGACAAUUGCUCAAGUCUGCUUAUAAAAAGGGAGAGAGAAGUUUGAGCGAAUGGUUAAGCAUUUUAGGGGUGUGCUGUUUGCUUCUGUGAAUGACAUGAACUGAUGAAUUUUGAAGAUUACAGGGGAAGAUAUCCCAGAGCUUACAUUGGAAUUGCUUUAACAGAACAAACAAAUUGGUCAGCAUUAACUAAGGGCGUGAAGUUCCAGAGUUACCUGUCCCAAUCAAGCCCUUCCAAUCAUAACUUAAUACAUGUAUGAUUUUACAUGUCACAUCAAGGUAACUAAUAAUUCUGAAGUUUUAAUUGUGGAAUUCUUCUAAUUGGAGCCUUAUCAAUGCAUCAUUGCUCUGUUAACACAGUAUGCAAAGUUUGGUUGUGCUCAUGUUGCACCAAGGAAUUAUAAUGUGAAUCACAGGUGUGCUGUUUGCUUCUAGGAAAGACAUGCACUAAAAAAUGUUCAAGAAUACGGGGCAAGAUUUCCCAGAGCUUAUACUGGAUUUUUUUUAACAGAAGCAAUUUUUGUUCAGCAUAACUAACGGAUGACCAUAUGAAUGUCAGAGUCAAGCCCUUACAAUCAUGUAAGCUGCCUGAGGUCCAGAUGUUCCUUCCUCAGAAUUCAAGAAAAAAAAAUCCUUCAUCCGUGAAAUCAUGUCGUUUUGACUUUGAUUCAUUAAUUAAUUUUCUUUGGUUCAGAACUUAAUACAUAUGAUUUUACAUGCCCUUAUCUAGAUUGCGGAAUCCAAAGUUUUAAUUUAGCGUGUUCUUAUAAAUUGGGUAUCCAUAGCGAUCCAUCAUUGCUCUCUUAAUACAGUUUCGUAGUUUGCUUAUGCUCAUGUUGGACCAAGGAAUGAUAACUUUGACAUGAAUCACGGCUUAAUUGCUAGCUGAUGGAUUGCUUAAAAACAGUAAGGUGGUAAGUAAAAUUCAAGGAAUGUUGUUGUUAGGAACUGUCAUGUUGAGGGCAUGACAAGUCAGCUCAGGAGGAGGGCCACAGCUGCAGCACUGGGCCCAGGAAGGGACAUUAGUUCUUCCAAGGAACAAAGAUAGGAAGUUAUGAUUUGGGUAGCUUCGGCGCCGAUCCAGGCGCACUGAGAUUACGAACCUCGCCCCCCUGUUGACCACCCCUACAACCUGUGAUCCAGUCAACCAAAUCCCAAAGAACAUGACAGACACUUUAUGCAGUUCCAGCAUGAUAGGGCAACAUAACUGCCUAGAAACUUAAAAAAUCAUAUGUGAAAGAUCUUACACAAUUCUUUAUCCCCACACAUGUACAAAAAUUGCCUUUGGAGCUCGGCCUCCAUGGAGGCCUCCAAAUUCAAAUUUCGAAUUUCAUCAAAUUUCAUAUUUUUACAUUUCAAAAAAUUCUGAAAAAAUACAGAUAUACAUGAAGGCAUAACACACAUGUGUGUAAAUUUUCAGGGCAAAAUAUGUUGAAAUGAGGGCUGUGCAAAAAAGACAAAUCUGGGCCUUUUUUAACACAUGAUACUAUUCAUCCUCCCAGGCCAUGAAUUUGUCUUUUUUGUACAGGUCGCAUUUCAACGCAUUUCAUUUUGAAUUUUUACACACAUACACAUAACAUCCUUGUUUACUUGCACAAUUUUUUUCAGAUUUUUUUGAAAGCAAAAAGUUUGAUUUUUGAUUUUUUCAGAAAAAGGCCUCCAUGGAGGCAGAGAGCCAAACGUCCGUUCUCCACACAUGUAAUGCUAUAUACUCCCUCCGUUCCUAAAUAUAAAACGUUUUGGUAGUUCAAUUGAACUACCAAAACGUUUUAUAUUUAGAACUACCAAAACGUUUUAUAUUUAGGAACGGAGGGUUUUGAACUACCAAAACGUCUUAUAUUUAGGAAUGGAAAGGGAGUUCACCAGGUGGAGGGAAUUAGGAAUUAGACAUGGUCAGUAGCAGAAUAUACAUUUUUACGUGCCAAUUAUUCUCAAAGUUAUUCAACAUUAGUUUCACUAUUUGACUUAGUUUAGCUAAUAAUGUGGAUAUGUAACUUGCAUUUCUUUAAAUUAUUGUUCAGCCAAAAUAACCGAAGUGUAGUUUUUGGUACCCAAAUUUGUAGAAAUAGUCAAACCCUCCUGAGUCAAUUGUUAGGGAAGCUCGGGGGUGGGUGGGGGCUUAUAUGAAAAUGUUUUGAGAGAAGAUUCUCUGGACCAUGGUCCAGCUGCACCUAUGGUCCACAUCGUUAGAUCUAAGGACAUGGGCAUCUAUGUAUGGGCCAGAUUAGUAGAGAUGGUGAGCAUUUAUGCUAAUAUGGAUCACUGACUGUCCUUGGAGUUUGGACCAUAAGGGCUGCCCAUUAAAAUUCAUGCCAAAGACGUCUCGAUACAUGCCAAUUUGCUAUGUGGAUGGGUUUGCACUGCUGCCAAACAGCCAAAGCACACUGCAUGCAUGGCAGCAUGCUAAUGUGAGAAAAUGCGGUACCUACUUUUGAUUAGAUGGCGCUAUAUACUUAUACUUUGUUUACGUUGGCACUAUAACAGAAACCAUAUUUUUUAUUAGUGUCCAUAUUUCCUCUCAUGUUCCAGUGAAUAUAUUACUCAUGUGUUUUCGCUUUUCAGAAAAUUACAAAAAGGUGUCAUGGGAGAGAAAAUCAAACAUAUACAGUAAAUUUUUAGGAGCAGAAUCUACAAUUUCCUAUUUGUGUUCCAGUGAAUAUCGCUGAUAAUUUUACAAUCUUAAAGUACAUCUAUGUGGUAUGUCUAUCCUACAUUUUUGGCAAUUGUCAAGGGAAAAUCCAGAGAUAUAAAAGUUUUUAAUUUCUAGAAUAGCAGGUGGAUCAUCAAAAACAUAUAUUUCUGCCCAUUAGAGGCAUUCAUCUUGUAAUUAGUAGUAACUUCUCCAUAGUUAUGACAAUAAAAAUGAAUGCGACCACAGUAGCUAUAUGCGAUGACCUUGGUCGAGUUAGUGCUAGAUACAUCCAUUUGAGCGACAAGUAAUUAGGGACGGAGGGAGUACUGCCUAUGUGAUUAAGGUCUUAUGAGCUUACUACCCACUAGCAUGCCCAUUAUGCAACAUGGUCCAGUAGAACACUGUUGUAUGUUUUUACUAAGUUUUUUUUGGGAGGUGGGUGGGGUUUAUAUUUGGUCCUCAAGCGGGACAGGAGAGUGAAGCUGUCUUUAUUAAAAGAAAUGUUUACAUGGAAAUGAUUCUUUAAAUUGAACUUCAACUUUAGUUCCACUAUUUAACAAAGCUAACAAUGAUGAUAUAUAACUUGCAUUUUUGAUUUAUUGUUCACCCCAGAUAAUCCAGGCGUAGUCUUACGGUAUCUAAAGCUGUAGAAAUAAUCAAACCGUCCCAGAGUAUUUUAGGACUUACAUUGGGUCGCUGAGUCAAUUGUUGGGGAAACUCGUGGAAAACACUAGUAAGGGAUGACUUAUAUUAAAAUGAUGUGGUUUGACUAUAUCAGUUUUCUGGGUGGGUGAGUGGGUGGGUUGGUGGGGGUAUUCAUAUUUUUUCCAUGAAAGGGGGACAGCUGGGCAGGAGGCUGAAGCUAUCUUUAAGUACAGAAGAAUACACUGUCCAUCCCUUGAUGUUGAGAACAGCAACUCAGAGAGUUUGUGGUACAGCUUCAAACUGAACUAUUUUCUGCCGGCCCUUUUGUUUUCCAGUUAUAAGCCCCAGACCACCUUCUUGGUUUAUGUUCCUUUAUUAGGCUUUCUGGACAAGUAUAGCGCCAAGGUAACAGGUUUGUCUUUUCCUUCUUUUGGACUGCUCUCACAAUUCCUAUUUGACAUUUUCGUGUGUUCUUGAUGCUUGAAUUUCAUGCAGAUUCGCAAGAAAGGUGUGAGUUUAGCCCAGAAUUCUGUUCCAAGCCCUUCCAGUUUGUUCAUGACCUUCAGGAUCAUCUUAUAGUUUCGCCA